AUGUUUGUCUGGCAGCCUGAAAAUAAUCACAUCUCUCAACCGAUUGUUUGCCAAUUAUCUAUCUAUCUAUCUAUCUAUCUAUCUAUCUAUCUAUCUAUCUAUUCUAGUUUGUUUCCAUCUAUCUAUCUAGCUAAUGUGUAUAUAUCUAUCUAUCUAUCUCAAUCUGUUUUCAUCUAUCUAUCUAUGUAUCUGUUUUUCUCUGUCUCCUUCUAUCUAGCUAUCUAUCUAGCUGUUGACGGAAACAGAGUGUGCUCGCUAGCUAGCUAUCUCAGUCGGUUUCUAUCUAUCUAUCUAUCUAUCUAUCUAUCUAUCUAUCUAUCUAUCUAUCCCAGUCUGUUUCCAUUUAGCUAUCUAUCCCAGUCUGUUUCUAUCUAUCUAUCUAUCUAUCUAUCUAUCUAUCUAUCUAUCCCAGUCUGUUUCUAUCUAUCUAUCUAUCUAUCUAUCUAUCUAUCUAUCUAUCUAUCUAUCCCAGUCUGUUUCCAUUUAGCUAUCUAUCCCAGUCUGUUUCUGUCUGUCUAUCUAUCUAUCUAUCUAUCUAUCUAUCUAUCUAUCUAUCUCAUUCUGUUCAUAUCAUAUCAUAUCUAUCUAUCUAUCUAUCUAUCUGUCUAUCUAUCGUAUCUGUUUCCAUUUAUCUAUUUAUCUAUCUUUCUCUGUCUCUAUCUAUCUAUCUAUCUAUCUAUCUAUCUAUCUCAUUCUGUUCAUAUCAUAUCAUAUCUAUCUAUCUAUCUAUCUAUCUAUCUAUCUAUCUAUCGUAGUCUUCUGUUUCCAUUUAUCUAUUUAUCUAUCUUUCUCUGUAUCUAUCUAUCUAUCUAUCUAUCUCAUUCUGUUCAUAUCAUAUCAUAUCAUAUCAUAUCUAUCUAUCUAUCUAUCUAUCUAUCUAUCUAUCUAUCUAUCGUAUCUGUUCACAUUUAUCUACUUAUCUAUCUUUCUCUGUCUCUAUCUAUCUAUCUGUCUAUAUAUCUAUCUAUCUAUCUAUCUAUCUAUCUAUCUAUCUAUCUAUCUAUCGUGUCCGCCAUGUUUAAAGUCACUAGCGACAUCUAA